GUUUAGCUGGCUAUUACAAACUUAAAUCCUCAUAGUAGAAAUCACCGAUCGAUAUUAUAUUGUUUUCUUGAUUAGUAAUACAAAUAGUUUUAUUUGUCACAUUAUAUUACGUCUCAUACAUGAAUUUAUGGAAUGCACCGCGCGUUCCGAUACAGUUACAUCGUUGAACGGACGGUAAAACAAGUUUCUUUAAAUUUCUAAUCUUAUAGUAAAUAAAGUAUAAUUAUGUAAUAUGUUUUUUUAUGGUUGUUCUGCAGCGAUUUGUCAAUUGAUGUUAUAUCAUAUUUUGGGUAAGUAAAAUUUUCCUGCUAUAAUUUUUCUGUAAUUCGGAACGUCAUUUUUUAAUAAAUUCUGUUUUAUCUAUGGAUAUUCACUUUGCAAUAAUUUGCAUGACAUGAGACUGCAUAUUGCUGCAAUUACAAGCGAUUUGAUCUGGUUUUGUUAUAAUUUCAUUUCCUUUGUCUUGUAUAUAAUUUGUUUUUAUGUGUUUCAGAUUCCGUUUACAUCUAGGUACCUACUAUGUCGGGUCCUGCGAGAAAGCUGGCGUAUCAACGCCACGAAUAUUCAGGCGCCCAUAAAUCGUCAAAACGAGUGAAAAGCGCAUUCAGACGGAUACAUGGGCACGACAACCGCGUGAGAAUAUGGCGUUCUGAAGAAAUUAAGAAAAAGUUAAUGAAUGACCAAAUCAUCCGUGAUAAUUCUAUAAUUACCUCGAAUACACAACCAAGAACAUAUGCUCGUGUAAAACCGAAAAUUCACUUAGAGGCCACCUACAGUAUUUCUAGUACUAGCACAGUGACGGCUGAACCUGCGGUUGAACCUGUAGUAGACAUUAAUUGGCCGCAAGCAGAUCCCGAAAUUGAGUCGUUUCAGUUGACUGUGGAAAGUGUUCCAAAUACAUGUUUAUCUGAAAUAUCUGGGUAUCGCAUUGUAGAGCUUAGGCAUGUUAUUGAGUGGGCCUUCCUUAUGGAAAGACACAGAAAUAUCUGUGAAUCAUCACAAAUUGAAUUUGUUCAUGAAAGACAUGAUGGAUUUCGAAGUGUAUUAACCUUCAAGUGCAGCAUGUGUGAAAAAGUUUGGGAACACUGCACCGAGAGCAAAGACAAAAUAAAUACUGCAUUUGUGUGGGCAACUGUGACUUCUGGUAGCUACUACACUCAAGCAGCUCAUAUAACAAGUGUGAUGGAUAUUCCAACAAUGUCACCUAAUAAAUUUCGACGAAUUGAAAAAAAAUUAGGCAAUGUUUGGUUAGAACAUUUGACAGAGGAAAUUAAGAUUGCUGGUGAACAAGAAAAAUCUAUUGCUAUUAAAAAAGGCCAUGUGUCUUCUGAUGGUGUUCCAUUUGUUACUGUUUAUGUAGAUGGAGGAUGGUUGAAGAGAUCCUAUGGGCAUAACUUUGAUUCAUCAUCUGGUAUGGCCUGUAUUAUUGGGAAAGAAACUAAGAAAUGUCUAUUUCUUGGCGUUCGAAAUAAAUAUUGUUAUACUUGUCAAUAUUAUGAUAGAAGAAAUAUUGAUAUAAAACCACAUAAUUGUUGCAAAAAUUUUACUGGAGCGUCUACAGGAAUGGAAUCGGACAUUAUUGUGGAGGGUUUCCAAAAGAGUGAAGAAACACAUCAACUUCGCUAUUUGAAUUUUAUUGGUGACGGAGAUUCUUCUGUGUUUGCAAACUUGAAGGAAAAAGUGUCUUAUGGAAACAAAAUAAAAAAAAUUGAAUGCAAGAAUCAUGUAAUCAAAAACUAUACCAGUGCACUCUACAAGGUUUUGGCCAACACUAAGCUCCCACUUCGUGGGAGAAAUAUUUUGAAACCAAAAGUAUUAAAGCUUACAUUAGUGGCACGGAAAAUCAUAAUGUAUAGCAGUGAUAAUACUGUUAUGGCUGCAGAUUUGAGAAAUGGCCCACUUCAUGUAUUUGGAGUUCACGGAAACUGCAAGGACUAUUACUGCAAUAUCAAUGGAAGUGAAAAGAAGAAAGAAAACCUCGUAGAAGAUCUAAAAAAGAAUGCUCCAGAAGUGUGGGCUCUGAUUUAUGCUGCCAAUGAAAAAAUAGCAUUGAAGGCAGGUCGUUUGUCAAAUGAGACGACAAAUGUGGCAGAAAACUUUAUGAGUGUAAUAAAUAAGUUCAACUGCGGAAAACGAAUUAGUUUAGGUAAAGCGGGAUCGUACCAGCGCCGUGUUCAUGUGGCAGGGCUAUCGCUUGCCACUGGACACCAAUGGCAUGAGACUGCAUGGAAAAAGCAGACCACACAGAGCCCAGGAACACAUUUUAAAAAAUACAUAAAGCGGAAGGAACAGAGCCGAAUACGACAGCAAUCGUCAACACGCAAACGAUUGUUUGUUCCACGAGAAAAAACCAAACCAGACAAGAACUAUGGACCUGAAGCAAGUGAUCCAAUUGAAAUUGAUGAAGCACAACUGAGAAUAUGGUGUGAAGAACGGUUAGCAGAAUUCCAAAAGUCACCCGAAGAUAUAGCUUUCAUUGAAAUGUCUACAGUAGGGCAGCAUGAAAAUGAUUUAUAUACUACUCAUAGGCGUGACCGUCUGACUGCAAGUCAAUUUGGAAUGGUUUGCAAACGCCGUAUUACAACACCAUGUCACAAUCAUGUCAAGGAUAUUCUAUAUAAAAAGAAUAUUUGUACAACAGAUAUGUUAUAUGGACAGCAAAAUGAAAAUGUGGCAAAAAGUAUGUUUAUGCAGCAGUAUAAUAAAACUGUAAGGCCCUCAGGUCUUUUCAUUGAUGAAGAAUUUGGUUGUUUAGCUGGCAGUCCAGAUGGUGUAAUUGAAAAUGAGAGAGCCUUAAUUGAGAUCAAAUGUUUUCCAUCAUUGGCGAGGAAAAACCUAAGUCUAGAGGCAGCUGCGGUAGAGAAGAAAAAUUUUGCUCUAACAUUGGAUAAUAAUGCACUAGUUAUGAAUAAAAAGCAUGAUUAUUACUAUCAAGUAAAUUAAUAAUUCUAUUGCAUGUCCACUCUAUAAUUUAUUUUAGCAUCUUCUUACUAUGAUAUUAAAUCUAUUUCAGGUUUAAGGACAAAUGCGUGUCAGUAACAUGGAUAAAUGCUACUUCAUAUAUUUUAUUUCAGUCAAUGAACCUUUGAUUGUUAUAGAAGUUUGUCGAGAUAAUGACUUUAUCAGCAAUAUGAUGCCAAAGUUAAUACACUUUUUUAAAGAAUGUAUUCUGCCAGAAAUAAUUUUGAGACGUGUUCAAAAAAAUGCGAAAUGUAUAGAUAUGAAAGCAGCUGUGUAGCGGUAGUUUCCAGGCAAGAAUGAAGAAGGAAGAGAGAAAACAACACGACAAUUGUUUUUUUUAUUGUACUAUUGUAGUAGUGUGUUUAGAAUCUAGGGGCCAUCCAUAUAUUACGUCACACGAAUUUCGUGAUUUUUGACCCCCUCCCCCGUCCUUGUCACAAUUGGUCACAUUUGUAGGAUCUCCCCCUCCCUAGUGUGACGUCACAUUUUAUAAUUUUACAUCUAGAAUUUCUUGAGUUUUUCAUAAAUAGUUUCAAGGUCGUGUUUUAACAAUUAGAUUAUAAUAAUUGAAAUGUGACGUAAUUAAUGGAUGGCCCCCUACAUUAUCAAUGUUUACAUUCAUAUUUUUUUUUUGUUGUCAGAAACCUUAUUUUUUUUUUUUAUUUCCUUAUUUAAAUAAGUGAUUAUGGAUGCUUAAAUAUUGUCAAACAUUUUUCCGCUUUGAUUGCAAUCUAUUAUUCUGUGUAUUUGUUGCCUAGUUUAUAAAUUAUAGUUUCUUGCGUUUGCCUUGUACUGGUGUGAAAUUGUUGUAAAUAAUGUACCUUUACCUUGAAUUACUUCAAAAUUGCAUUGAGACUAAAUAUUUUGAAUGAGAUUAUUAUUUAAUAAUCAGUCACGUAUCAAGCAUUCAUGUCACUAUAAAUACUUGUAAUAAUUUAUUUUCCAUUAUUUCAUUGUCUGGACUUUAAAAGAGACUAUGACCUCUGAGUUUGUUUCGGCAUUUCUUCUCAGAGUAGUCGGAUAGGAAAUGCCGGCCUCAUCUAGCUAUUUCAAAUAUUGACGUGUAAAAGUGUUAUUUUAUAACCUACUUACAGAAAUAAACAUUUUUAUCAUAUAUAGGGUAAUAAAAUAAAACUGUCUUACAUUGCA